AUGGCCGACGCUAUUCCGGCGAAGAAAGGAAAAUCCAGAAAGGCAUUGAAGAAUCGGAAGGCUUCAUCGAGUGAGGCCAAUAUAAUGGCCGCCUCAGUCUCCGACGCACCCGUUGCUACAAUUCCAGCGGGAGAGUCCGCUGAAAAAGAGAACCAUGAGUACCUCUGCCAGAAGAAUUCGAAUAAAGGGGCCUCAAAGGAGAAAAAGCAAACAGAAGAGUCGUCAUUUGAGAAGGAAAUCCUAGAAAUGCAGGAGAAGCUUCAGCAGUUGAAGAUUGAAAAGGAGCAGUCUGAGGAGUUGUUGAAGGCCAAGGAAGAAAUGUUGAUACAGAAGGAGAAAGAACAAGAGAAGCUAGAAACGGAACUCAAGAAACUGCAGAAAAUCAAGGAGUUUAAACCCAAUCUCGGAGACAAAGAUGAAGAGAAGAAGAAAGGGGAGAAGGUGAAAAAGGCAGCUACACAGUACGUUGGAAAUGAGAAAUGUGAGGAAGAGGAGAAUCAGAAGAGCGCUGAAACGCAUGCAAUAAUCUCCGGUGAAGAGGCAAAACAGGUGCGACGCUCUACGCGAAUAAGGAAACCCGUGCAUUGGGUGAUCAGUGGAAAUUACGUCUAUAAAUAA